AUGGCUUUCGUAAAAUAUCUAUUUUACAUUCUUCUUCUAUAUGGAACAAUUUCAUUAACAUUAACAACUAAACGUCGUCCAUUAGUGUUUGUUCUAUGUUUAAAAGGCUUUCGAUGGGAUUUACCAUAUUCAUAUUCACAUUUACCACAUUUUCAUCGUCUUUCAACAAUAGGUUCAAGAGCAUUAUGGGUUGAAUCAGAAUUUGGUGGUAGUCAAACAAAUAUUCUUAGUCUUAUGUCAGGUCUUCAUGUUGAACAUCAUGGACGACGUGAUUUUUUUGAAACAAUACCUGUUAUUAAUGAACAUGUUGGUGGUCAUACACGUCUAUUUCAUUGGCCAUGGUUUGAUCGUCAACAAAAUCAAUCAACUUAUGAAUAUUUACGUGCAGGACGUAAAGGACAACCUGAAAUAAUUGAAACAUAUUUAAAUCAUGGUCGAAUGUCUUUACAACGUCUUAUAAGAUAUUUAACAUCAAUGUUAAAUAGUUUAAUUGAUGAAAAUGAUCGAACAAAUCUUAUAAUGAGUUUUAUUGAUGAACCAUAUACAACAUUAAUGCGUCAUGGUAUACAUUCUGAUAGUAUACGUCGAACAAUGCUUAAUAUUGAUCGACUUAUUGGACGUUUAUUAUCUGUAACAAUAAAAAAAAAUAUUAAUUUAAUUAUUCUUGGUGAUCAUGGUAUUGAACAUAUUGAUUGUCGUCAAGCAAUUAAUUUAUAUAGUAUUAUAAAUCAAAGUCAAUUAAAUCUUUAUACAGAUCAAUAUAGUGGCACUAGUUUUAGUUUUGUAGUUUAUCCAAAAUCAGGUUAUAUAAAAAACAAUUUUUUUUUUCAAUUUUAA